AUGAUCAAUCAUGACAUCAAGCCUAUUGAGCCUGAACGAAGGAAAUGGGGGUCGUUGGCCUUUAUUUCACUUUGGUCGGUUGUAGCAUUCAAUAUGAGCAACUUUCAACUUGGGUCUUCCCUCUUAUCAGUUGGACUGAAUUGGUGGCAGAGCGUCGUGGCAACGCUCCUCGGCCAUAUAUUCGCUGCCGUGCUUAUUAUCAUUGUAUCCUUCCCAGGAUUAUACUACCACAUCUCUUUCCCAUUAUCCCAAAGAAUGACAUGGGGCUUCAAUGGUGCAAUUUUCGUCGUGAUGAAUCGAAUCCUGCUGUCUGUAAUCUGGUUCGGCGUCCAAAGUUGGCAAGGAGGUUUGAUGACAUACGUCUGUCUCAGAUCAUGGUUUCCUAGUAUCGACAACCUACCCCCAACAUUUUCGCCGUCUACUGGUAUGAACCUCGCUCAGUUUGUAGGAUUCAUUGUUUUUUUCGUCCUACAGCUGCCGUUCCUCUUGGUGAGCCCGGCCCACCUCCGAUAUCUAGCAUAUGUCAGCACCGUCGUGGGAUUGAUUGUUCAGCUUGUUCUCGUCAUCUGGGCUUGCUCAACCAUGGAGGCUUUUGGUGACAUACUGAACAACACACACAACGUUGGUGGGGGCCAGCUUGGCUGGUCUUUUGUGUUCGGCAUAACGGUCACCAUGUCAAGUAUUACCAGCGGGACUCUUUCGGUUUGCGAUUACACUCGAUUUGCGAAAAGACCUCGAUCCGGGAUCCUGCCUCAGUUUGCUGGAUUUUUGCCGGCAUGGCUCUCCAAUGUCUUCGGCAUCUUGACGGUUGCCGGUACUCAGAAGAGAUUCGGAGCGGAGCUGUGGAGUGUUGUUCAGUUACUGAUGGCCAUUCAAGACCAGAAUCCAACAACAGCCACGCGCUGUGCUGUCUGGUUUGCCGGCUUCUCAUUCCUCAUAAAUCAACUCGCCCUCAAUAUUAUAGGAAACUCGUUCUCUGGAGGUACAGACAUGGCGUCCCUACUACCAAAGUACAUCAACAUUCGACGUGGACAGUACUUGACGGCAAUACUAGGACUUGUUAUCAACCCAUGGUACUUAGUAUCUGGGGCCCUGGUUUUUCUGUCGGUGAUGUCGGCAUACACUGUGUUCUUACAGCCCUUCCUGGGAACGGUGGCUGCCAGCUAUUUCGUCCUGUACAAACAGCGCAUCAAAGUUUCGGAUUUGUACAAGCUCAGUGGCAAUAUCUACUGGUACAAUCAUGGCGUCAACUGGAGAGCUAUUGUUUCCUGGGCUGUCGGCGUUGCUCCGCAUCUCCCAGGUUUUUUGCACACGGUCAACCCCACCAUUAAAGUUGGUACCGGAGCAGAGCAUAUGUAUCUCUUGACGGCAAUCAGCAGUUUCGCAAUUAGUUUCACUAUGACAGUAAUUCUCGGGUACAUGUUUCCCGUUCGGUCGCAGCAGGAAUUUGUCAAUUCGGUUAGUCGCCAGGAAGCAAUCCAGCUGAAGGAGGAUUUCAUCAACAGCUCCGAUAUCAUGCGUGGGGUUGAAGUGCCUUUGCCAGGAGAGAAGAGCUCUCGUAUUUCAGAAAUCGAGAAAGAUUCUGAGAAGAUGUAA